GAUUGAUUGUAUGCUGGUUUCAAUGUGUCAUAAUCUCAUCUCUAUUAUUUUUACUUUUGGGUUAACUUAGAUUUAGUAUUCUUCUUUUGUGCCAUGUUGAAGGAACUGUCAUUCAAUUGCUUGAAGCUGUUCUUGAUGUCAUUCCAAUUGAUAAGCUUGCCAUCCAUUUCCGUGACAUUUAUGGGUCUUGGAGGUUAUCCCUUUAAUCCUAGAGUUCUAUCAGUAAUUGUUACUGCUGAAGAUGUUGUUUACGUGCUAAAUGGACUUGGAGUAAAAACAAUUGUAGAUCUUCGGAAACUCACGUCUGCUGCCUUCUGGAGAUUUUAUCUGUGAGCAUUUGGGAAGGACAUCAAGUUCAAACACUACAGUUGCCUUGAAAAAGGAAGCAAAGUCUUGCAUUCUCAGUACUUCCUAGCACUGACUUGAAUUAUGCUCUUGAUCAAAUAUAUGCUAUGUUUUUAUAAUGGUAGAUGAGAAAGACCAUGACUUGUUUCAGGUUGCAACUUUGACAUAAAUGACGAGUUUUUGC